UGUAGUUCAGUACUGUAUGUCGAUCCGUGUUUUGUGAGAUCUGACAGCGCAGCAACGGCUGGCUAUUACCACACAAGCUUCUUCCUUGACGGGAAAUGGGUGGUCCUUAUACGGUCAGUUGUUUAGCCUUAAACCCAAAGAUUUAACGUACAUAACCUGUUUUUACAAUCUUUGGACUCAAACGACAUUAAUGAUAAAUUAAGAGUAUACAUGGACUCAUACUGACACAUUUUGCCCAUUAUGACCAUGGUGUUGGGAAGAAGGCUCCUGCUAUUUGCGCUCGCAUGUUUGGCUUCGUCUUCGUCUUCAGCAGAAACUGGAAGCCAUUUGGUUAUAACCCCACAGUCUCCAGUGCUCCAGAUUGGGACUAACUUCACAGCUACAUGUGUGAUCAUUGGCACAACCGAAGUCACAGCAGAUGACCUCUACUGGAAUCUUUCACAGAUUGUUAUCCCAAGUAAUCAGUACACCAAGAUCAAUGAGUCAGCACUCAGUGUCACUAUCCCUGUCGACAAUGAAGAGUCAGAGUGGUUAUAUUGCCACUGCAAGGAAACGUCCUCCUACGUUUUCUUCAACAAGGGCAAAUUUGUUCACGGGAUCCACCUAACAAAAGUCUAUCAUCCAGAGAAGCCCAAGAAUCUGACCUGUAUAGCACUUCAGGGGGUACAUUAUAUGUCAAAAGACUUCAAGUGCUCAUGGGAACCACCCGAACACCACAUCAAGGAAAUGCCGACAACCUAUACGUUACACGCUAAAGUCAUCCAGAAUAAUCAAGCCUACAAUGUGUCAACACAAAAAAAUACUGCUACGGUGACAAUGGAAACAUUCCCGUUCCAUUUGGACCUAGAAAUUUGGGUUGUAGCUGACAAUCAACUGGGAACUGUCGAGUCUGAACAUCUGAAACAAGAAGCUACCUCGUUUGCCAAAACAAACCCUCCAUCAAGCGUUGAAGUCUUUUCAGAGGAAUCAUUUCCCACAUCCCUUCUCAUAAACUGGAAACAUCCAAUUCCGAAACAAAAUUUUGUGUUAAAAUACCAAAUCCGGUAUUGCCUCAAUGGAUCUCACAAUUGGAUUAGUGUACCGAUGGUUCUUAUUACCAAAGACGCUGAGUCCUUUAGACUCCAAAACCUCCAACCUGAUACAGUUUAUACCACUCAGGUGCGCUGUAAACAUGUCAACAAGCAAUAUGGGUAUUGGAGUAAUUGGAGUGCUAAUGUGACUGAGAAAACACACGCAUAUAGACCAACAAGUAAACCAGAUUUAUGGCACAUAAUUACAGAAGGCGAAAGUGUAAAUGAGCGUCAGGUCAAGUUUAUUUGUAAGAAUCCUGUGUUGUCAAAUGGAAAGAUAACGGGCUUCAAGAUAAAGAUUCAAACCCGAAAAGAUGACAUGAUGAAUAGAAGUAUGCCGUGGGAUAAUAUUCCUGUCAAGGAGCCAGAGGUCGACAGCUUCCAUAGCCACAAGUUCACCGUCUUAAAAGAGAUGACCCUGCCGGACAACAUAAGUGCGCGAGUGUAUGUCACCGCCAUCAAUUCUGCGGGGGAGUCUCCUCAGGCAUCAUUUGGUAUCCCAGAGAGAGCGAUUUCAGAUCUUGACCCAGUGGAGGGAUUUAAAGUGGACCCACAAGGGGACACAUUUUUCCUCAAAUGGAAUCCUCCCAAAAAAUCAGCUGUGACACAAUAUGUUGUGCAGUGGGUUAGUGCUAAUGGCAUGGACUGGCAGAGGGAAAACAAAACCACCCAGCAAACUACUAUCAAAGGCAACAUUGAGAAGUUUAUUUGCUACAACAUAUCUGUAUAUCCCAUAUACUCUGGAUGGACGGGAAAACCAGCAAGAGUAGAAGCUUAUCUUGAGGAACGGGCUCCUUUGGUAGGCCCCUCUGUUCGACUUAAUGGUAAACCAGGACGAAAUCAAGCAGAGCUUGUGUGGAAUGAAAUUCCGCAACACCAACGGCAAGGCUUCAUCACAAACUACACAAUUUUCUAUUCAAGUGGGAGUAAACGCUCAGCAAUCACCGUACCAGCGACCAACACCUCAUAUGUCCUGACUUCACUGUCAGCUAACACCAAGUAUGAUGCCUGGAUCAGGGCAUCCACCAAUGGGGGCUCGACCGAUGGCACAAACCAUUCAUUUACCACCCUGAAAUAUGCACCGGGGGAGAUUGAGAUGAUUGUGGUUGGAGUGAGCCUUGGCUUUCUCUUUGUGGUUCUCUUAACCAUGUUGCUGUGCAUCUACAAAAAAGACGUAAUCAGGAAGAAUUUAUGGCCUUGGAUUCCAAACCCGAGAAAGAGCACCAUUGGAAACUGGUCCCCUGAUUAUCCUUUAAAAACAGAGACACCAAAGGAGAACUUUCUGUCUGGCAUCAGUGUGCUUGAUGUGGACGUAAGUGAUGGGAAAUCGGUGUCUGAGGAAGACAAAACGAGCCUGGCUCUCAAGAAGGACAAGUAUCUGUCUGAGGAGCACAGCAGUGGCAUCGGAGGCUCCUCUUGUAUGUCUUCACCUCGUCAGAGUGUGUCUGACAGCGAUGAGGGUGCUGACAUUGCUGACACCACAGCCAGCACUGUUCAGUACUCCUCAGUGGUGGCCUCGAAUGGCUACAAAGGCCAGACCCCAAGUGCCCAACCUCAGCAGCUCAUUUUCUCCCGUUCCGAGUCCACACAGCCGCUUCUGGACUCGGAGGAGAACCCGGACCUUUUAGUGCAGGAGGGCAGUAGAGCUUCCCAACCAUUCUCACAAGUGACUUGCUUCUCACACUCUGCAUGGAACCAAGACAAUUGCAGCUUUCCUGAGUUGAACCAGCUGGAGGUGGAGCCAGAGGAGGUCCUGUUGCAGCUGGACAUGUGUCCCUCGGGAGAAGACAGUGAGCAGAAAACACUUACAGACGGCCAGUCCCUCUCCAGUUACAUGCCACAGCUUGGUGGCUACAGGCCACAGUAAGAACGUUUACAGGACAAGCCUGUGGUUUGUAGAUGACGUGACAAAUGAUGUGCCAGUGUUGAUGUUGCAUGUUCAUUUCAAGUCUUUGGUAAUCCCAAAAAGGAUACUAUUAUUUCUGUUCUCUGUUUGCUCUUAACGAAGCAGAACAACAUUUUCAAAAAAAUAAUGGGUACACAUAUAUUCCAGAUGAAAAUCAUUUGAUAAUGUUGAAUGAAGAACAUGUCGUCGGAAUGAUCCCUGGAACGCAAGUCCUAACGCCACAAAAGACUGGAUACAGAAUCAUACUCAAAUCACUCAAUAUCAAAGUCUCUCUGGUAGUAAAGAUGUAUGCAUGACUGCCAUGUUGCGUUAUACAGUGGAACCUAAAUCCGACGGACUAAUUGGAGGAAGGGGUACGUCCAUUCGAGCCAGUUGUCCAUUACAUCAAAUUGCUUUUUUUCGUGCGCUUAAAACCACCCAUUACAGUGCAAAGUUAUUGUUUUGUACUUUUUUCCAUAGCCUGAAAAUACCCACUACAGUACAAAAUUACUGUAAAUAAAUGUGUGUAUGUGGAGGGGUGGGGGGCUCGAAACUGUAUGAAAAGUUUACUCAAACUCACCUUGUUGGUGGUGCUCGGGGUGAGGAUAAUGGUGUCUAUCUGAUAGCAGUCAUGAGCCAUGAUGUUAACACUUGCUUUUUUCACCGUCAUUACGAUUAAAUGUGAUAGAUAAGGUCUUUCCCCACCAAAAAAAAAAAAAACAACAGUACUCCCUCCACCCCUCAAAAAAAAUGCUAAGCUAAUGUCCAGGCUUUUCAUUACCGCUACAUAUAGUAUGCACAUGCAUUGCUUUUGCUGGGAAAAUUGUCACUGCCAACAUGGCCGCAACAUUGGCAACCAUUUCAGCCUGACCCUGACGAGAUGACAAAUGGUCUACUGAGGACUUUUCAUCCAUACCUGGAGCACUGCAUCAAUAUAAAAUACAUCCUUCGAAUUUUCUGCUAAAACAUGACAAAAAACCUAACCAGAAGCCUGCUGGAGGUCAAUUUUUGAAAUUCCAGCAAUGCUCUCUCCGUUCCCUCCCUUGCCCUCCUACAGCCCGUCCAUCUUUCCUGGUGUACUGGGCGGUUUCCUGAUAUCUCCUUUAUGCACGUGCUUGGAGACGCAACAGACCAUCUGGCCAAAGCGCGUAUGGCUGAGCCAUCUUGGAGCAACUUAUUUGUGCCGUAGACACGGUGCUCCCUAUGACGCCGGCAGUGUAAAAAUAGAAAACUGGCUGUGGCUCUUCAAGUGAGGAUGUGGCGAGGGAAGGUGUCUGCGGCCACGAGUUGCAAAACCAUUCCUUGAUCGAGGUUUUUUUUCUGUCGGUCCCAUUUACACAAUCAGGUGAAAUUGCUUCACAAUUGUUAUUGCUUCCAAACAGGGCAGAAUAGUAUCCCAGAAGUGUGACUUACAGUAUUAGUAUUUAGUUCGUGACUUGCUUACAGUGUCAAAUUACAUUUCCAUAACUUUGAAUCAGUCACUGAGUGCUUCACUUGCUUCGCCUCCAAGUGGAUGCAGCGUAGGUUCAGUUCCCACUCAGUCGAAUGUGAGUGUGAACAUUUGUCUGGCUUAAUAUGUGCCCUGCAGUCAACUGGUAAACAAUCCACAGUGUUGGUUUGAUCGACUUUGUAUCACAAGUAUACCAGAAAUGCACUUUUAGAGUUAAUUCCAGAUAUUGCAUUUCAAAAUGUCACUUGAGCAUGGGCAGAGGUGUGUGCCUUUUUGUAAUGUGGCAGGCAUUUAAACAAAGCAACUUUGAGAUUGUCUGUUUGAUUUAUGGUCUGUUGUUUUUGUUACAUUGGUCACAGUCUUCAUCUUAACUGUGAACUUGGAUGCAGAUCAAGUCACAAGCUCACAGUAACAUAUUCUUAUUGUCAGUGUUCAUUUCAGUGUGUUUUGGAGUGCCUUUCACAAUGAAAAUAAACAUAUCACAC